GAUGUGUGAAAUACAGCUGGAAGAUGAGUGCAAGUGGCUAGGUGGCUCGUCAAGGGGUCAGCCUGCGUGUUUUUGAAAGCAGAUUAAAGAUCAGGACAGGAAGGGCCAGGUUUAAGGAAACAGGAAAACUGAUGCAAGGAAAUGGUCGACGUCACCCGCCAGCCCACUGCAGUCGGAGCUGAAAGCAGAAUCCAGACCUGAGGAAAGCAUGGAGCCUUUGCUCAAGUCACCAAUGAAGCUUGUACUUUUAACAGCUUGGCUCUGGAGUCUGAUGGACACAGGCAGCCUCUCUGAUAUUUGUGAUUCCUGUCACUCAGAUGCAACAUGUAAAGCCCUGAAUGGAUCAAACAACGCCUGCUUCUGUAACCAUGGAUUUACAGGAGAUGGGACGAGUUUUUGCAAUGAUGACAACGAGUGCCUUAACGUGACUAAUAUCUGCGGCGACAGGGGCCAGUGCACAAACACACGGGGCAGCUACUACUGCACGUGUGUCUCUGGGUACACAUCGACAGGACUGAGCAGGUUCCAGCCCAACGACGGCACCGAAUGCACCGAUAUUGAUGAAUGCAAGUCGGGAUCGGUCUGUGGACCUAACUCGCACUGCUAUAACACAAACGGGUCCUUCUACUGCACCUGUCAGCGUGAUUACAUCUCAACUUCAGGCUCUAAGCACUUUCAUCCAGAGAGAGGCGUAAGAUGUAAAGAACACCCUCAAAAAUAUUGCCAUGACAACAUGGGAUGCACGACGCAGGCUGUCAAUAGAAUGCUCGAAUAUAUGGGCAACCUGACGGAGCCUCAGAGUCGGCUGAAGGAAAUUGCCGAGCAGACGUCUGGUGAGCUCACCUCAGUGGAAGUGAUUGCAUAUGUUGAGGCCUUGAGUCGAUCCGGAUCAACACUGGCUGCUGCAGAGACGGAUUACACUGUCAAACCAUCUGCCAUCAACUCCACUCUUUCAAAAUUAGUAAAAGCUGUAAACAAUCUGGUGGAGAAAGACGAACUGGUGGCUUGGAGCAGAAUGAAAGAAGAGCUUCGUGAGCACACCAUCACCAAGCUGCUGCACGUUGUGGAAGAGAGCGCUCUGGCUUUGGGAAAUAACGUUAAAAGUCCUACAGAGAUCAGAAUCAAAGGGACAGAGAUGGAAUUAAAACUCUUCACACUUGAUGCUCAACGUGUAAAAGACAAAUUGUCCGUCUCUAUGGGAGGAGAUCGUAUAAACCUAUCACAGAAGCCCACUCUGGUGAACAAGAAUGGAAGUGUGUCAGUGGUGUUUGUGCGAUAUGACAGCAUCAGUGACAUCCUGAAGCCGAGCAGCGACCCGGGUGUCACCGACUACUCGCGGUAUGCAGGAACAGGGGAAAUCACUGUCAACUCCCAAGUCAUAGCAGCAGCCGUCAAACCUGCUGACAUUUACCAGCUUGACCAUGUCACCUUCACUCUGAGACACAAUGAGCCCAUUGACAUCAAAACUGAUGUGGCAAAGUGUGCCUUCUGGGAGUACGACGUCAGUAGUCUGCAGGGUCGCUGGUCCACUUACGGCUGCAGGACGCUCCACGGCAACAGCAACUCAACCACCUGUUCCUGCAAUCACCUCACACACUUUGCCAUCCUCAUGUCAUCAGGCAGAGCCAAUCUGGUGGCACACAAUACCAUCCUGACCCGGAUCACCCAGCUGGGGAUGAUCAUCUCCCUUAUCUGUUUGUCCAUGUGCAUCUUCACCUUCUGGUUCUUCAGUGAGAUCCAGAGCACCAGAACCACCAUUCACAAGAACCUGUGCUGCAGCCUCUUCAUGGCUGAGUUUAUCUUCCUCGUGGGGAUCAACAUGACCACACACAAGCUGUUCUGCUCUGUGAUCGCUGGAAUGCUGCACUAUUUCUUCCUUGCAGCUUUUGCCUGGAUGUGCAUCGAGGGCAUCCAUCUGUACCUAAUAGUGGUUGGUGUCAUCUACAACAAAGGCUUUCUGCACCGCAACUUUUACAUCUUUGGCUACGGAAGCCCGGCUGUGGUUGUGGCCAUCUCAGCCACUCUGGGCUCAAAGUAUUACGGCACCGACAGAGUGUGUUGGCUGAGCACAGAAAAUCACUUCAUCUGGAGCUUCAUUGGACCUGCGUGUUUGAUCAUUCUGGUUAAUCUCUUGGCCUUUGGAGUAAUCAUCUACAAGGUGUACCGGCACACUGCUGUGAAGAAGCCUGAAAUCAGCCACUAUGAAAACAUCAGGUCCUGCGCCCGUGGUGCCAUGGCUUUAUUGUUCGUGCUCGGCGCCACCUGGACCUUCGGAGUUCUGCACAUUCUCCAUGAGACGACCCUGACGGCUUAUCUGUUCACCAUCACCAACGCUUUCCAGGGGAUGUUCAUCUUCAUCUUCCUGUGUGUGCUCUCCAGAAAGAUCCAGGAGGAGUAUUACAGACUUUUCAAAAACGUACCAUGUUGUUUUGAAUGCCUACGAUGAAUCCAUCUAUUGUUUCCUAUUCAGUCAUCUCUCCUGCUUUUUUAAAUAUUUGUUGUUGUUUUUUUAAAACAUUUUGGGAGUCUUUAUUUUGUGCAUUUGUCUGGUUAAUGUAGCAUCUGAAGCUUCCAAAAAUCUUGUUUUCCUUUGAAAAGACAAAUAAUAUAUUCAGGUUUUUGUUUCAUUUACAUCAUUGACUUUUAGUACAAUAAAAAAUACAAAUCUAUUCAAUCUAUUACACACACCUUAUGAGAUUUAAAUUCGUUUCCCUUUUUUAUUUUAUUUUUUUACAUGUUUAAAAUGUAUUUGUAAAUUAUAAAAUGCAGCCAGCAUUUUGCUCUGCUGCUGCUUCCUUUUAAAAUGGUCUGUGUAAUUAAAAUUUUAAUGUCCCUUUUGGGCCAACAAAUAAAAUGCCUUCAACAGAAAAAGCAAA